AGGCACGUGAAGGCGAGUGAAUCAGACGCCGCCGUGUAAGUGCACCGUGCGUAAGUACCGCGUACCUUUUGCGAUAUCUGUUGUUCGAUGCAGGGUCGCGAUAUGAGUGACGAGACCACACUUCCGUAGAACAUCCACUCUGUCCUGAUCUGGAGAUAACUCUAGUAUACUUGAAGAAAAACAUUCUUGAAGCCGUUCGGCAGCUUUGCGGUGAAGAGGGAGCCAAGAAUCCAAUAGAUAUUUUAAAGUAUACCCCUGCAAAGCGCAGAUUUAUCGUGCGCUGUCCAUCUAACUUUUAUACGCAGCUACGAACCUCCUUGACUUUAGCCACCAAAUACGAGAACGAGACGUGCGUGUAUACAGUGCACCGAGCAUCACGGAAUUUAUUGUCUUUCACUGCUGAUAGUAGGACCUAUAAUCACGGAGAAGUAGUUUCUUCUGGACAUUAAUCAUGCCGUUAAUUCGCAAGGAGGGCAAGGACACCAUUAUUUUCGCCUCUAAAGAGGAUCACGCGGUACCUAGCAAAAUCAAUUUACCGGAUCCGGAACCUGCUCCUGGCCUGCUGCUACCUAACGGUGAGAUCAACUGGAAUUGCCCGUGUCUAGGUGGUAUGGCGACUGGGCCGUGUGGAUUAGAGUUUCGCGAGGCUUUCUCCUGUUUCCAUUAUUCGACUGCGGAUCCCAAGGGCUCUGAAUGUCGUAAAGUAUUCGAAACAAUGCAGGACUGCAUGUUGCAGUAUCCGGCAUUGUAUGAAAGUAAAGGUGCGCCGACUGACGAUCUAGACGAUGAAACGGAGGAGGUUGAAGAAACAGACAAGAAGUCAUCGGGUUCCAGCGAGGAAAAGAAGAAGGUCAUUGUUGCUAGUCAGGACGAAAUAUUGGAAAUGACAACUGAGAAGAGAGUGAACACUUCGAGUACAAAGCAAGAAGUAGAGCGAGCUAAGACUAAUUGAAUAUGUUACGUAUGCUUUAUAUACUUUGCUUUGUUUCAAGGUGAUGUUAUGAUGUCCUUUUCUCUUCUUUUAAUGAAUAUCUAUUUCAUUGAGAAGACACAAUAUCACCUUGUAAUAUUGUGGUGUAGGUAGUAUUUGCAAAAUGCGUUUUUACAACGCAUAGAUAAUGAGACUUAAAACGUGAAAGAUCUCUCUAACCUGAACAAAAGUGAUGUAUGAAAUGAAUAGCUUAAAAAAGACAUGAAAUGCACAGUUAUUUCUGAUAUUUCAUAAAAUUAUCAGAUUAAGAGAGAUUUAAAUGUAAAAGCGUAUUUGUGUAGAGUGAUUAGUGGAUUUAUGGUAAGUUUGGAUACAACUGUGCAGUCAAGUUGUUUAUAGAUUUCAUGUUUGCCUGUUAUUAAAAAGAUCUUAUAAAUUC